GUGUUCAAAAGCUUUCGUCCUUCCUCCUUUCCAGUCUCUAGGCUCGAUGAUUUUAUUCGUAUAGCUAUUGACAUGGAACACAAAAUCAUCAAAAUGUAUCGAGUUACCUCACUUCUCCUCUUCAGUCUGAUUUGUUUGUGUGUGCACGGUAUUGUGAUAACUCCAAAAGAAGACGACCCCACAGUGUACACCCACUGCGUGAACAGCCAGGAGCCCAUCCUGAUCAAUGAUCCAUUCCCUCCAUCCCUGGCGGAGAGCCCAGACUUUGUCGCCUUCAGCUGGUUCAUGGACAAAGAUGAAGACAAAAAAAUCUCCUUGUUGGACUACAUCGGUGGGAGCUGGGACUCCUUCGAGACGCGCGUGGAGAAGUACAAAUUCUGGGGAUUGCAGGUCAAAAAUGUCCAGAUGACUGACUCAGCGACGUACAGAGCUGUGUUGGCUGCUAGCGAGGAGAAGACCAAGAGAGUAAACAUUGUCGUUGCACAGGCUCCAAGGCUGUCGUCGAGCACGCUGGAGGUGACGAGGCGUCCGAACCCAGACAAGCGGACGUUUGUCCUGUCGUGCGGCCAGGUGGAGUCGCUAGGCGAGCCCCCGGCGGACAUCGUGUGGAAGGCUUCCAAUGGGACCAGGCUGCCGACCUCAUUCCAAGAUGGCUACCUGAUGCUGACGCUAGAUGUUAACGAAGAUUACGGGGAGUAUACCUGUCAGCUGGACUGGGAAUCGCCUGCCGCCAAAUGUAUUCCCGAGGAGGAGAAAGACAUGUGGACGGGGUCCAUUUCUUUGUCCAGUUCGUCGUCAUCUCCAGAUAUGACCAUGAUCAUCGUGGCGGUGGUGGUUGCUGUUGUCGUGGUCAUCGUUGUGGUCGUGGUCAUCAUGAUCUGGGUGAAGAGGUGCCGAGGGAAGGGGAACACGUACAACGCGAAAGAGCACGAGGCGAAGGUGACGAUGGCGAACCGCAGCAACGCGGACCCGCUGCUAGAGGACCCAGAGGCAAAGCCCACCAGCCCGAUCUACAAGGGCCCCCCCACGGACAGGGUGGACACUGCCAACCCCUACAUGGUCUCCAACAUCAGGCCGUACUCUUCGGAGGUCGAUGCAGGCAGCAGGAAGCCGCUGGCCCCCAAAGCCUCUCACGAGGACUCGAAAGUCAACGGAGGAAAAACUCCGGCCGGCGAGGAGAAAAAGAAACAACCAAAGGCAAAACCCAGAAGCAUUUUCCUCACUCCGAGCAUGGAAGCUCUUGAUGCCAUCGGCAAAUCUGACGGCCGUGAUGACCCAGGCACAGCUGUCUGAGAAGGUUUGGGGAACUCCGGGGCAGAAGACACCGUGUGGGCGAGAUCUGAAGAGAUCAUUUGUGUCGCUCGCAGCUUGGUAGAAGCAGGAGCUCUGCAAUUUUUGGGGGCAUAUUGGUAUCACAUUACAGCUUGUUUAUUUUUGCUGAAAUAGGUGAAAAAAUGUUGUACUAUCUUGCAUAAAGUUGAUAAAGGUCGAGAUAUGUGUGAGUUAAGGAGGCUGGAGCUACCUGAUGUUAUCAAUGAAAUCAGCGAGAAAAAGGCUAACAAAGUUUGGUGACUGCUAAAGCUGAAUACUCGUACUCGUUCUAAAAAAAUGACAUAUUUUUGGCUUUAAACAACAUUGUAAAAGUUAAAUUCACCCUAAAUUGUGUUCUUUGAUAGAUAGGUUUCAGUAGCAAACUCCCCCCCCCCUUUCCCAAAAUGGAUUAAGAUCCCCCAAUGGUUUGAAAAGUGUUCAUUUCUCUGUUGCCUAAAAUUUUGAUGGAUGCCUGAUUCCACCACGUGGUGACCUACAUUUAGUUCAAAGAGCUCCUGUUGUUUCUUUGUUCGUGUAUGCAGGUAGAUAUAAUCCUGACCUUGAACUACUAUUUUUAUUUUUCGUUUCGCAAAGUACACUGCUCAUACAAAGUAUACAAAGUAGUAGCUUAUUCCGUUUUGAAAUGAGUUACUGAGAUACUCGUAGAGAACCAAAAGAACAAGCUAUGCUCAAGUUUUUUACAGUUGAUGCACCACUAUUGGGGUUUUUUUUUGUCUCGCAGAGUUUUUCUGUUGUCGUACGCAGUCUGGGAACCAGUCAAGGAGCUCUUAGAACUGACACGAAUGUAGAAUCUCUGUUUUUCCUGGUAUGGCUGGCUUUUGGGAAGCUGUGUUGGAGAAGAGAAGGAAUACUUUUUAGUGCAGAUUUUUACUAGUUUUUAAUAGAAAGGACAAGAACUUUGUGUCUGUGGUAGGUUUUUUUUUUGUUUUUUUUUCUUCUUUUUGUGUGUGUGUGUGUGUGUGGUAGUUUUAAGUAGCUGGCUGCAUGAGAAGUUAUGUGAAGCGUUUCAAGUUUAAACUUUUUGACCAAACUGCGAAGGAUUUAGUCUAGAGUUUACUCUAAGUGCAAUGCAGAUAUAAUAGUGGAGACUAGAGACGAUGAAUUAAAAAUGAUGUAAUGAUAGUUGUGUGUAGCACAUAUCCACACACUCUAGAGCAAGUUCUAAGCUCUUUACAACCUAAUUUCGUUUGACUUCUUUGUGUGGUAGUGGAGACUUGAUGAGUUUGUUCCCCUUCCUAUGGUGACCAGGAUAGAUCCUGGGCUUGUCGGUGGCAUUUUGUAUAGCAGACUGACCAGUCGGCAGGUUACACUGCAUGCGGCAGUCUGGAUUGGUGAAGGUGGCGCGCCGCGCACAUUAAUGGUGGUGCGCCGCGCACAUUAAUAAUGCUGCCCACGCUUCGGCAUUCUAGUUAAACACGCUAUAGAGUCAAAAUAGUGCAACAAAGAGUGAAUGCUGGCAAGUUUUUUGUCUGCGACGUCAUCGAGUUCAGAGUGUGGAAGGCUAUACAGUCAGAGGGAUACAGAAAUCUUUUCAUUGUGCACUAAAAUUUUGCUAUGUACAUAAUUUAACUACAAGAAUAUUAUAAUGUAUGAGAAAAAAAUUGAGGACCUAAAAAUCUGUUCGCUGUGCGCAUGAUGGAUCUUUUAGCGUGUUCAUUACGUAUGUGCAACACUGGAAAUUUAAAUGUAGAAAAUGGGGACAGUUAGAAAUGUGAAGUCACUCUCUGUGUGAGCUGGCAAGGGUAUUUUUCUGUGAGUUCAGUAGUUGAAUUGCGUGUGUGUGUUUGAGUUUAAAUUUUAUGUCUGUGUGAUAGAGAGAGAGAGGACAGGAGUGGGACCCAAAAAGUCUUUUCCCCCUUGUUGUAAGUGGCUUGAGUCUUGGAACUUCCCUUGCCAUUAUGGUGUAGAGAGACAAGCUGUUCAAAUGUUCAUAGCCCAGAAACCAAAAUUUUUCACAAACGUAUCAUUACAAUUUUUGUGUAUGUUGAGUAUUUUUGUCUUGCCUUUUUCAAUAAUUUGAAUUUGGAGAAAAAUAUGUCUUGAGCGCUUGCAAGCUGUUCCGUAGAAUAAGAAACUGCAAUUUGAAUUGUUUUCAAAAUGUUGGGUUUAGUACAUCGGAACUACAGACCAGCGAUCGAUAAUAAAAUUGUUUGAAGUUGCAGAGAUUGUUUCAUGGACUAUCUCGUCUGUGGCUGGAGAUUGUGCAGGCUAAAAUGGGACUUUUGUCUCCUUAUAUGUGGCGGCCAUAUUAUGAAGAGUUUCGGAAAGACAUCACGUUGAGAUACUUGUGGUUUACUGAGCGUUAAUGCAGGGGUAUGAUGAGAGCUACGCCUGUUUCUAAUUGGUGACGAGAGGAAAUGCUCUGUAAUUGUUGUCUCCGUAAAUAUCUCCACUUACGUUGUCGACAACUUAAAAAUGAAAUCAUUGAUGGAAUCGUGUUCCAAUUUGCUCACUCAUAAUGCAUUUAUCUUGAUUGGUGAAUGAACAUUUUUAACAUGUAUAUAUCUAUUUGAACUGUGUGUGUGUUGCCGUCAGAGCUGCCAACCUUACACCAAAAAAGCGUAUUUGUAAGCUUUUUCAGCGAUCGUAAGAUUUUACACCACUUUGCCAAAUUGUACAACUUUUUGCUUGAUCCGAUAGAUCGUCGAAACAAAAUCUCGCUCCGCUUGCUGUUCCGAUUCGUGGCCGCCAGCGGUCCAAUCUAUUAUUAAUAGGCCCCUACGACAGCAAAUGUACUAUUGGACGAUAACACAAACACCAUCACACAGUGACUUCCCUUGAUUGAUUUUCUCGUAAUUUCGUUUUGUUUAGGCCAACUUCCGCCAAGUUCGUGUUAGUGUUGCGUGGUGGUCUGUUCUUUUAAUUUUUACGAGAGUUUUAAUUGCGUGUGCGACGAAAUAGUGAUAUUUGUUAUAUUGUACUCUUUUUUUUUACAAUCUUGCACAUUUUUAGGUAAGAUCUUACACUUUUGUGGUCGGUAGAGUUGGUAGCUCUGUGCCGUUAGAUAUCUUCUAGUGUUUGCCGAGUUUCUGUGAUGAACUGGGUGGUUGUUAUUUUAUUGCGAAUGUUUCAGUUGUCUGUGUUUGGCUUUUACCACCUUCCGCAGGAUGAGUUCGUUGUGGUCUAAAUUGGGUUGAUGGGAGCGUAAAAAAGUACCUACUUAGGGAAAAAAAAAAGAAAAGAAA